AUGGCGUUGAUGGAGGAGCUCGUGGAAGAGAUCCUCCUCCGCAUCCCGCCGGACGAGCCGGCGCACCUCAUCCGCGCCGCCCUCAUCUGCAAGGACUGGUGCCGCGUCGUCUCCGGCGGCGAGUUUCGCCGCCGCCACCGCCGGUUCCACCGAACGCCUCCCCUGCUGGGCUACAUCUACAGGGAUUUCCAUACAGCCAUCAAAUUCAUCCCAACCACUAGUUUCUCACCGCCGCCGCCUGCCGGCGAAUCCUUCGAGGUCCUUGACUGCCGCCAUGGCCGUGUGCUGAUCGACGCUCGCGGCGUCCCACCAGGCUUGAUCGUCUGGGACCUCAUCACCGGCACCGGGCAGCGCCUGAGCAUUCCCGCACCUGGCCCUGCGCGUUCCACGCACACAUCAGGCGUGUACUCGUCAGAGACAGGAGCAUGGAGUGCCCAAACCCCUGGUGUUUAUGACGAUCUUAAGAUGUGCGGGCCCUGCCUUCUCAUAGGAGACGCGCUCUACGUCUCCCUUGGGGCUCGUGGAAAGAUCCUCAAGUAUGACUUGGGGGUAGGGAUGCAAGCGGCGCGGGUCACGCCGCCAGCCCGCUGGGCCAACCUGCGCCGCUGGCUCCCACAAACCCACAUAUCAGCCCACAUAACGUAA